AUGGCGGAUCGGACGGCUCCUAGAUGCCAGCUCCGUCUGGAGUGGGUCUACGGGUACAGGGGUCACCAGUGCCGCAAUAACCUGUACUACACGGCGGGCAAAGAGGUGGUUUACUUCGUGGCUGGAGUCGGCGUGGUCUAUAACACCAGGGAGCACAGCCAGAAAUUCUUCCUCGGGCACAACGAUGAUAUUAUCAGCCUCGCUGUGCACCCGGAGAAAACUUUAGUAGCUACAGGGCAGGUUGGGAAGGACCCUUACAUCUGCAUCUGGGAUUCCUACCGAGUGCAGACUGUGUCAGUUCUUAAGGAUGCACAUACUCAUGGAGUUGCCUGCUUAGCUUUCGAUUCAGAUGGCCAGCGUUUGGCUUCAGUGGGACUGGAUGCCAAAAAUACCGUGUGUAUUUGGGACUGGAAGAGAGGAAAACUACUGGCAACAGCUACAGGCCAUUCAGACAGGAUAUUUGAUAUUUCCUGGGAUCAAUAUCAACCAAAUAGAAUUGUCAGCUGUGGAGUAAAACACAUAAAGUUUUGGACAUUGUGUGGAAAUGCACUGACAGCAAAGAGAGGAAUAUUUGGGAAAACAGGAGAUCUCCAAACUAUCCUUUGUUUGGCAUGUGCAAAAGAAGAUAUCACGUACUCUGGUGCUUUAAAUGGAGAUAUCUACGUUUGGAAAGGACUGAACUUAGUCCGCACCAUUCAAGGAGCACACAGUGCUGGAAUUUUUAGUAUGUAUGCUUGUGAGGAAGGUUUUGCCACUGGAGGGAGAGAUGGUUGCAUUCGGUUAUGGGACACUGACUUCAAACCAAUUACUAAAAUUGAUCUCAGGGAGACUGAACAAGGAUACAAAGGUUUGUCCAUCCGAAGUGUCUGCUGGAAAGCAGACAGACUUUUAGCAGGGACACAGGACAGUGAAAUAUUUGAGGUGCUAGUAAGAGAGAGAGAUAAACCCAUGCUGAUUAUGCAGGGUCACUGCGAAGGGGAGCUCUGGGCCUUGGCAGUCCAUCCAAAGAAGCCUCUCGCAGUCACGGGCAGCGACGAUCGAUCCGUACGGUUAUGGAGUCUGGCUGACCAUGCCUUGAUAGCUCGUUGUAAUAUGGAAGAAGCAGUACGGAGCGUGUCUUUCAGUCCUGAUGGAUCACAGUUAGCCCUUGGCAUGAAGGAUGGCUCCUUCAUUGUUCUUCGAGUAAGAGACAUGACAGAGGUAGUUCACAUUAAAGACCGGAAAGAAGUGAUCCACGAGAUGAAGUUUUCACCAGACGGCUCUUACCUCGCUGUGGGCUCCAACGAUGGCCCGGUGGAUAUCUAUGCAGUUGCUCAGCGAUACAAAAAAAUUGGAGAAUGUAACAAAUCUUCCAGUUUUAUAACUCAUAUUGACUGGUCUGUGGAUAGUAAAUUCUUGCAAACCAAUGAUGGUGCCGGAGAGAGGCUGUUCUACAAAAUGCCAUCCGGGAAGCAUCUAAGUAGCAAAGAUGAGAUCAAAGGUAUUCACUGGGCCUCGUGGACCUGUGUGAUAGGAUCUGAAGUGAAUGGGAUUUGGCCAAAAUAUACAAACAUUACAGAUGUCAACUCUGUGGAUGGAAAUUACAACAGUUCAGUGCUUGUGACUGGAGAUGAUUUUGGUCUGGUUAAAUUAUUCAGGUUUCCAUGCCUAAAGAAAGGAGCUAAAUUCAGGAAAUACAUUGGCCAUUCAGCACAUGUAACCAAUGUCCGUUGGUCCCAUGAUUUCCAGUGGGUUUUAAGCACCGGAGGUGCUGAUCACUCUGUUUUUCAGUGGCGCUUUAUCCCAGAAGGGAUAACAAACGGCAUCCUUGAAACAUCUCCACAAGAGGGUGGUGUUGAUUCCUACAGUGACGAAUCGGAUUCAGAUUUAUCUGAUGUGCCAGAGUUAGAUUCUGACAUUGAGCAGGAAGCUCAAAUCAACUACGAUCGCCAGGUUUACAAAGAAGACCUACCUCAGCUGAAACAGCAAAGUAAAGAGAAAAACCAUUCUGUGCCCUUCCUCAAAAGAGAGCGAGCGCCCGAGGACAGUUUAAAGUUGCAGUUUAUCCAUGGUUACAGAGGCUAUGACUGUCGAAAUAACUUGUUCUACACACAAACUGGAGAAGUGGUGUAUCAUAUUGCUGCCGUAGCUGUUGUCUAUAACAGGCAGCAACACACUCAAAGGCUGUAUCUUGGGCAUGAUGAUGACAUCCUCAGUCUAAGCAUUCACCCAGUGAAAGAUUAUGUUGCUACUGGACAGGUUGGAAGAGAUGCUGCUAUCCACGUUUGGGACACACAGACAUUGAAAUGUUUAUCCUUGCUCAAAGGCCAGCAUCAGAGGGGAGUGUGUGCACUGGAUUUUUCAGCUGAUGGAAAAUGUUUGGUAUCAGUUGGGCUAGAUGAUAAUCAUGCCAUUGUGUUUUGGGAUUGGAAAAAAGGAGAAAAGCUAGCAACAACCAGGGGCCAUAAAGAUAAAAUAUUUGUAGUGAAGUGCAAUCCACAUCAUGUAGACAAACUAGUCACGGUUGGCAUGAAGCACAUCAAAUUUUGGCAGCAAACAGGUGGGGGCUUCACAUCCAAACGAGGAACAUUUGGAACUACUGGGAAGUUAGAAACUAUGAUGAGUGUCUCGUAUGGGCGAAUAGAAGAUCUCGUUUUCUCUGGUGCUGCUACAGGAGACAUUUAUAUCUGGAAGGACACUCUGCUGCUUAAGACAGUGAAAGCCCAUGAUGGACCUGUAUUUGCCAUGCAUGCACUGGAUAAGGGUUUUGUAACUGGUGGAAAAGAUGGAAUUGUGGCACUGUGGGAUGAUAUGUUUGAAAGGUGUCUGAAGACGUAUGCUAUUAAAAGAGCAGCACUAUCUGCCAGUUCUAAAGGUUUACUUUUAGAAGACAAUCCCUCUAUUCGAGCCAUCAGUCUAGGACAUGGGCAUAUACUGGUGGGAACUAAAAAUGGAGAGAUACUUGAAAUUGAUAAAAGUGGCCCUAUGACUCUACUUGUUCAGGGACAUAUGGAAGGAGAAGUCUGGGGCUUGGCAGCUCAUCCUCUCUUGCCUGUGUGCGCCACAGUGAGUGAUGAUAAAACACUCCGAAUCUGGGAGCUCUCGUCCCAGCACCGCAUGCUGGCAGUGAGGAAGCUCAAAAAAGGAGGACGAUGCUGUGCCUUUUCUCCUGAUGGGAAAGCCUUGGCCGUGGGCUUGAAUGAUGGGAGUUUUCUGGUGGUAAAUGCUGACACUGUGGAAGACAUGGUCUCUUUUCACCACAGAAAGGAAAUGAUCUCAGACAUAAAGUUUUCCCGAGAAUCAGGAAAGUACCUGGCUGUGGCUUCCCACGAUAACUUUGUAGAUAUUUACAAUGUACUUACCAGCAAAAGAGUUGGCAUUUGUAAAGGUGCAUCCAGCUACAUCACACACAUCGACUGGGACUCAAGAGGGAAGUUAUUGCAAGUCAAUUCUGGUGCCAAAGAACAACUAUUUUUUGAAGCACCAAGGGGGAAAAGGCAUAUUAUAAGAGUUGCUGAGAUAGAGAAGAUCGAGUGGGAUACUUGGACGUGUGUUCUGGGUCCUACUUGUGAAGGAAUUUGGCCGAUGCACAGCGAUGUCACGGUGGUAAACGCAGCCAGCCUGACAAAGGACGGAACGCUCUUAGCUACAGGAGAUGAUUUUGGUUUUGUGAAGCUUUUUUCAUAUCCAGUGAAGGGCCAACAUGCCAAGUUCAAGAAGUAUGUGGGUCACAGCGCACAGGUGACCAACGUGAGGUGGCUGCACAAUGAUUCCGUGCUGCUGACUGUAGGUGGUGCUGACACAGCUUUGAUGAUCUGGACCAGAGAAUUUUUGGGCAUUCAGGAGAGUAAGCUGGUUGACAGUGAAGAAUCAGACACAGAUGCAGAAGAAGAUGGAGGUUAUGAUAGUGAUGUUGCAAGAGAAAAAGCAAUUGACUAUACCACUAAGAUCUAUGCAGUAAGCAUCCGAGAAAUGGAAGGGACAAAACCCCAUCAACAGCUGAAGGAGGUUUCAGUAGAAGAGAGGCCACCAGUUAGCAGAGCUGCUCCUCAGCCUGAGAAACUGCAAAAGAACAAUGUCAGCAAGAAAAAGAAACUGGUUGAGGAGCUGGCUUUAGACCAUGUUUUUGGAUACAGAGGAUUUGAUUGUCGCAACAACCUUCACUACCUGAACGACGGGGCCGACAUUAUUUUCCACACAGCUGCAGCAGGCAUAGUUCAAAAUCUCUCUACUGGUAGUCAGAGCUUCUACCUGGAGCACACAGAUGACAUUCUCUGCCUGACUGUGAAUCAGCACCCCAAGUAUAAGAACAUUGUGGCCACCAGCCAGAUCGGUGAUAUGACAGAAUUCCCAGGUACAACUCCCACAAUCCACAUCUGGGACGCCAUGAGUAAGCAAACGGUUUCAAUGCUACGUUGCUUCCAUGCCAAAGGGGUCAACUACGUGAACUUCAGUGCCACUGGCAAGCUGCUGGUUUCGGUGGGAGUGGAUCCAGAACACACUAUCACAGUGUGGAGGUGGCAGGAAGGAGCUAAAAUUGCCAGCAGGGGAGGACACCUGGAGAGGAUCUUUGUGGUAGAGUUCCGCCCAGACUCAGACACUCAGUUUGUGUCUGUUGGGGUGAAGCACAUGAAGUUCUGGACGUUGGCUGGCAGCGCUUUGCUUUACAAGAAAGGAGUCAUUGGUUCCAUGGAAGAUGCCAAAAUGCAGACCAUGCUUUCUGUUGCCUUUGGAGCUAACAACCUGACGUUUACUGGUGCCAUCAAUGGAGACGUCUAUGUGUGGAAGGAUCACUUUCUGAUUCGGCUGGUGGCGAAGGCUCACACCGGGCCCGUGUUCACCAUGUACACGACGCUGCGCGACGGGCUCAUCGUCACAGGAGGGAAGGAGAGGCCCACCAAGGAAGGGGGAGCUGUAAAGCUGUGGGAUCAGGAGAUGAAGCGGUGCCGGGCGUUCCAGCUGGAGACGGGGCAGCUCAUCGAGUGCGUGCGCUCCGUCUGCCGGGGAAAGGGGAAGAUUUUAGUGGGAACAAAAGAUGGAGAAAUCCUUGAAGUAGGAGAAAAAAAUGCUGCUUCAAACUUGCUGAUUGACUGUCACAUGGAAGGAGAAAUCUGGGGCUUGGCAACUCACCCCUCCAAAGACAUCUUUAUCUCUGCAAGUAACGAUGGGACAGCAAGGAUCUGGGACCUGUCUGACAAAAAACUGCUGAACAAGGUGAGCCUGGGUCACCCAGCAAGGUGUGCUGCCUACAGCCCUGAUGGGGAGAUGGUUGCCAUUGGCAUGAAGAAUGGAGAGUUCAUCAUUUUGCUUGUGAACAGCCUGAAGGUUUGGGGCAAGAAGCGGGAUAGGAAGUCUGCGAUUCAGGAUAUCAGGAUCAGCCCAGAUAACAGGUUUUUGGCAGUAGGCUCCCAAGAGCAUACUGUAGAUUUCUAUGACCUCACUCAAGGUACAACCCUCAACCGAAUAGGCUACUGCAAGGACAUUGCAAGCUUUGUCAUCCAGAUGGAUUUCUCAGCAGACAGCAGGUACAUUCAGGUAUCGACGGGUGCCUACAAGCGGCAGGUUCACGAGGUGCCGCUCGGAAAGCAAAUAACAGAUCCUGCCUUCAUAGAGAAGAUCACCUGGGCCACCUGGACAAGCAUUCUAGGAGACGAAGUGAUGGGGAUUUGGCCGCGCAACGCGGAUAAAGCCGACGUGAACUGUGCGAGCGUGACCCACGCCGGCCUCAACAUCGUCACUGGCGACGACUUUGGGCUGGUCAAACUCUUCGAUUUCCCGUGCACAGAAAAAUUUGCCAAACACAAGCGGUACUUUGGGCACUCGGCGCACGUCACCAACAUCCGCUUCUCUCAUGAUGACAAGUACGUUGUCAGCACGGGAGGAGACGACUGCAGCGUGUUCGUGUGGCGGUGCCUGUGAGAGGAGCCUCGUGCUGCUGCCACCAGCCAGCGGCUGCCCCCCGCUGCCGCCCCCACGGCCUGACGGGACACGGACAGCAGCAUCCUCCAGCAGGGAACCUGGAGCUGGAAUCCCUUUGUAACCUGGGUAAGCCAAAGUGAUAAAACAGUUGACUCACUAAGCUGCUUUUGCCUAAUACUGUGUUGCUCAAACCACCUCUGAGAAGGGAGCACACCGAGAGGACGCUGGGCCCUUCCGUUUGUGUCACUGGAAAACGAAUGGCUUGAACAUUUGUGCAGGCAAGUUGGUGUUUCUCAGCCACGGCUGCUUGGCUCUCCAGGCUGGUGCAUUGAGUGAAGUGCAGGCGUUCAGUGAGCUGGGGUUCACUCUUCAGCUGCCAGUAAUCCAAGGAGCAAUGUAUCAUUUUUUUAAGUCCAUUUUAUUUUUCAAUAAGGUAUAUUUGGCAAGUUUUUCUAUCCAUGAAGUGCCUUUGAAUAAUUUUCUAGUAGUCUGGGCUACAAGUGUUGCCUCCCACCAGUUGCUUUCAAACACACGGUGCUAUAACUCGCAGAGGAGGGCUAACCACCACCGACACCUUUCCCAGCUGUGUGCUCACAUCUCCCUGCUUUCUGCUUUGGUUUUUAAUACCUUCACAAGUGAAUUCCAAACUGGUGUUGUAAGGACAAAUUCCUGAUGGCAUUAUGCCUCGUGGUAAGAUGUUCACAAUUGGGUUGUGGUGGCAGCUCGGCUGCAGCCAGAAUAACUCAGUGAGGAGGGGGAAGAGAGUGUGGAGAGACUUUAGGUGGUUAAAGACAUUGUGUAACACAAAUAUUGAGGAAAUUGUUCCCCCAGUGUUUGUUCCUGCAUGCUCCUCAUUUAUGGGCAGCUGUGCUCUGCAGACAGCUCCUUGCACAGGCACUGGCCAGCCCCUGCAUUGAAGAGGUGUUUGAAAGCCUCCCAGAGUCCUCAUUGCCCAGCACUGCCAGGGUGCGUCCCCUGGGAUGGCCCCACGAGUGCCAGGCUGCUGGAGACAACAGGGAUCAGUGAUCCCAGCAACUGUGCCUGUCCUCAGGAAAAGCAGCACCUUUGCAAAGGUGAGCUCCUCCCCAUCCCUGCUUCUCCUGCACCCUGGGCAGCCCCCACCCCUGGGGCUGGGCUGAGGUGGAAGGACAGGAAGGUGGAAGUGGAGCCCACAAAAAGCAAUCAGAGCUGUUGGGACAUCUGUUAGCAAACAUUUUGUCCAAACCAAACCCUGCAGGGACAAUGGAACAGCAAGUUCAACUUUUCCCUAGGAAACUGUUGAGAAAGGGAAAGAAAAUACGUCAAAACAAAACCCCGUGGCCAUUUGUGGCAAGGGACAAGGACCCUGCUUUGAACUUGCCUUUCUUUCAAAGACUGGUGAGUAAUGAAAGGAAAGGGAGCCCAAAAUGAAACACUUAAAGUUAGAUUCAGUGUAUGAAAUGAACUGUUAGAAGUGCUGUAGUUCCAGUUCAGGUAAAUAGGAUGUGGCACUUGGGAUGGAGCUGCAGGACACAGCGAGCACCCAGCUGAAGGAGUAGAUCAGUGCACAAUGAACACACAAAAGUGCUUCAGCAACCUCAAAGAAUUACCUUUCUUUAAAACUGAGUCGAUGACGAAUGCCUUAUGUCUAUCCAGAUGAGUGUGUCAGACACACAACACGAGUCCCUGUGCAGCCUGUCUGUAAGGAGAGCUCCUCGCCCCGCUGUGCUGUCAGGUGUGAGGUCAGUGAGCACCUUCUUUGCCUCUGUUGUACUGUUUGCCUUCCUUUCACAUUGAUUGUACCCCAACAAAAACCAGUGUGGCAGAAUGAGAAAAUCAACAGUGAUGUGACCCAAUACCCUAAAGCAAUAGUGUCUGUCAGGAAGAAACACUGAGAAGUUGUAUGUUUCUAUGGUUUGGCUUUAUGUAUGAAAUGUUGCCAAGUAUUUGAUGUAUUAUACUGUAAGACAGUAGUGCAUGCAUUUAUUUUUCAAUGGUCAAGAUGCCAUUAAAUUAAAAUCUGUGUCUCAAAUAAAUUUGGAUACAAGUUUUGAACAUCCAGCUCUUCUAUCAGAUUCAACAAGGUCAUGGGAAGGGACUGUGGGAACGGCUUUAGUGUCUUUCCAAAGUGAAUAUGGUACCAUGCAAAUACGGGCUCAGAACUGAAAGAAACCACCAAGGAGCUUCACUUGCUUUAGCAGAACCUCAAAUGCCACCCUGAAUUCAGCCUGCUCAGUGGCCACUGGUGUGGCUGCAGCCUGUGUUGCACCUGAGCAUCACCCAGCACCAGAGCUGCUCCUGAGCAAACUGCUUCUCACUGCACAUUGCAAACAAAAGGUAGAGCAUGGCAAGUCCAUCUGCGCACAGAGCUCUAGUCUGACUGACUAUUGCCACCACCACAAACUGAAAAGCAGCACAAAGAUAUUAAACUUGCCUCAAGAAAGCAGAACAGCCACAGUAUUUAAUGUCUAUAAGCUUUAUUGAUACUUGGGGUUCUCGGGGUUGUUGCUGUUUCUGUUGGGUUUGGUUGGUUUGUUUUACAUCUCACAAUGCAUUCCACAGACUUAGGUUUCAAUACAGCUUCAACUGCAAGUGUAUCCAUUUUGACUUACGUCUUGAAUAACAAGGUUUAUGUUUCCAAACAGCAUUUGCAGCAUUACUCAGUGCCCAGAUCAUCAGAGUUGGAGAGACUGAAGAAUGAUUUGCCCAAAAGGAACUACUGUACAUUUGUGCAACCAGGUGUAUGCUGUAGUUUUCUUGCAAUAGAGGUGGAGGUUCCUUUGUUCAUCUCUCUAUUUUUUUUACACAGAUGCUAGUGUUUACAGAGACAUUUCAGUUGUUCAAGCUUGUGUGCUAUGGAGCUAGUCCAGGGAUCAGUCAGUUCUCUGAAGGACAAAGCACUGUGGAGCAGCUGAAGGACUGAAGCUUGGUGAAACACAGAUAUAGAUAUAUAGGCAAUUGAGAAAACAAUCAAAUCACAAUACAGCUACACUCAUACCAAAAAGGCAAGGACUUCCCAAACUUGCUAAAAUGGUAUAUUCUGCUAAAACAUGUCAUUUUAGAAAAGGGGCAUCACCCUACACAGACCAUAGACAGUGCACAAAGGGGGAGGAGCGAGCCUCUGCUCCAGCUGCACCCCUGGGACGCAGCAGGGCCUACCUCUGCUGAAGCCAAAUGUACAGCUGUCUCACAUGUGCUGUCUCAGCCAGCGCUGCACACAGGAGAAAGGGAGAUGAUUAGUUGGAGCUCCAGACGUAGCAGCUUACGAUACUGAAGAUGAUAAAGCACAUGGCAGUCAAAAACAGGUACUUGGGUGGGUUUUCUUUCCUCAAGCACUGCGUCGCUACAAAAUACAGAUGUGUGAAAUUGCACUGCAAGGUGAAGGGCUUUGCUAUUCCCUGACCCUCCCCGUGGAAAUCCCAGUGAGUAUUCGUUCCCCCUCCGCGCCGAGGCCCCGCGGCCGCACGCCGCAGCCGCGCUACUCCGCCUUGCGCUUCAGCCCGGGGAUCUUGGCCUGGAUCCUGCGGAGGAACGGA